AUGGUUCUGUGGGCCUAUGUGGAGGUGAAACUAGCCUGCAAAGAGUUACACAGUGUUGUACUAAAACACACAACAUGGUACUGUAUCCGGUUCAGGGUCUACAAACAGCUAGAAUCUAAGGUGGAUACGCAUGAGUAUUACCCAUGCAAUUUCGACGGAUCACAGAUUAAUGCAGUCCUACAUCUCGUGGUUGAUACUGCCGUAGUGAAAUUUGGUGUUGCGGCGCCAGUAGAACAAAGACUGGUCCGCAAACCAUGCACAAGAUAUCGCGAAUGGAGGCGGAUUAUACGAAGUUCGAGUAACAAACAGGUGCGAAAGUGGUUUAUGGAGUCGAACUAUCAGGAAAAUGCUUACUACGAAGGAAACGUAUCGGCAACUACCAGUGUUAGGACACCAUUGCCGCAAAGAAUGCAUUCCGAGGAGCAUAGCGAGGAAACACCAACACUGCAAUUGGCUGGAAUUCUCUUGCGAACAUUCAUUGCUCAGGUUUUGGAUGGUGACCACAGUUGUGGUGCACUGUUCGGGAUUGACUGGGAUCCGGAUCCUCCACUACGACACCCCAAUGGAUCGGACCACCUGGUAGACAUGGUGAUGCAUGAUCACCAUACGCUAUCGAUGGCAGCUUGUACACUCAUAUACAUAUGUGCAAAAGUUAUAGCAGAAACUGCAAUAUCAAUUGGCAGCCGAGACCAUGUAAGUACAUGUGGAGAUUCUAAGGGCAUCGCCUGCGGCGGCAAUGCAGAGAAUAUAGGGGACUUUUAUUGUGCGACACUCUCAUUCCACACUGGUGAACCGAAAGUUGUGGAAAUCGAAGAUUUAAAUUCUUGUGAAUCUCUUUUUCGGCCGGUAACCAACGACCGAAUGCAGGUUGAAUUGUGUAGACGCCUCAACCGCAUUAACCGGUCAAUUGGUAUACAAAAAUGCAAGCAGCGAAAGGUCUUGAUAGCCGUCCGUCGCGGCAUACAAAUAGUAUUUGAUGAAAUCUACAUGAGCGAUAUAAGUUAUACACAACUGGAUACCUCCAUAGAAACUCUAUUGUCGGGAUUAUACGCAUGGUUGUGUUUGAAAUGGGACCACGUGGCCCCAAUUGCGAUAUGCAAGGAAGUUGCGGAUCAUAUGCACGUUGAGAGAUACUGUGAAGAGCAGAUGGCAUUAUUCAACAAAGUGGCCGACCCGGAAGUUGAUGAGUCGGAAAUGAUCGCUAUCUUGAGGUCUAUCAAAAUAACGGACGAGCAUCAUUUGUGA